GCGCAGAUUAACUUGUGCAAAGAUUAAGCAAAUUAACCAGGACGGUGCCUCCAGAAAUAAACUGUUGCUGUGCAGUUAGUUUGACAGCAGUCAUUAUGUACAGUAGAACAAGGAAUAACAUUUCAUGGAUCCUUUCAAAACGGCUGGAAAUUUCUUGAUGCCAACGUAGCCAAUCAGAAAUGAUGAAUGAGACAGAGUUUCGGAGGAUCCUCCCUGACCAGUCUUCGGGCAGUGGGCACACCUUUGGCACCCCACGUACCUCAAGGAUCAUCGAUCCUAUCCUAUCGAAGAGAGUCUGCUUCUACAAAAGUGGAGAUUCUCAGUUCAAUGGCUUGCGCAUGGUCAUCAACAACCGCACCUUUAAAACAUUUGAUGCGCUCCUGGACAGUCUUUCUAAAAAGGUUCCCCUGCCGUUUGGGGUGAGGAACAUCACCACUCCCCGGGGGGUUCAUGCAGUCCAUACUUUGGAUGAGCUGGUGGAUGGAAAAUCUUACAUCUGCUCCGACAGCCGUAAGGUAAAACCGAUCAACCUAGCAAUCGCCAGGAAGAAGCUCCCGCCUUGGUACAAUGCCAGGCCUGUUAGUUCCCGUCGUCGGACCAUGCUGCAGGCCAGGUCUUUCCCUGGCCAGAACAUGUUUGUGCGCACACCAAAGAGGCUACUGGUUUUUCACAAUGGUGACCCCACUGUAAAACACACUGUGGUGCUUCACAAGAGGACUACACUCACUUUUGAGUCCAUCCUGGAACAUAUUUCAGAGCUGAUCCAAUUCCAGGUGGUGAAAUUACACACAGCGGAUGGCAGACGUGUGGAUAGUCUUCCAGGCUUAAUAUUGUGCUCUGGGACUGUAGUGGCUGUGGGCAGGGAGCCAUUCAGGCAUGCAAACUACAAUGCACAGAAAUCACCAGCUCCAACAAUGCUGCCGACCAAACGAAUGGGUCACAGAAGACUAAAGGCGUUAAAACGUAAAAAGAAGUCACCAUCAUACACUUCACAGUCAAGAAAUUUCUCCCCCUCAUCGGAGAGAUAUAUUGUGAAUCGGAUCCAUAACUCCAUUGCAGGAAGUUCAUGCGACCUACCCAGUCACUCUGUCGAGUUGGAGUCAGGUCGUAUGCUGGAGUCAGUACCAGAAACACCUGACACCUGCCUUGGUGUCGGAGCUGAAGAGCAGGAGAGCCUGCUGCCCUCAGAUGAUGACAUUGAAAAGUCCUUUCGAGUGAACCAAGAUGGUAGUAUGACAGUGGAGAUGAAGGUGCGGCUGACAAUUAAGGAAGAGGAAACCAUCCAUUGGACGACCACUCUGUCACGCUCAAGUGUAGCCAAUCAGCUAAAUGGGACCUGUUUACCAGAGCCUGAGGCAGAGCAGGAGAUAAGCUCACUUAAAUUAAACUCACAAGAUUUACAAAGUCCUGCUGCCUCCAUUGACACCAUCAACAAAACUAAGGAUAACAAUGAUGAAGAUCCACCAUCGCUGGGCAAUAGAGCUUUCAGUGAGAGUAGUCAUGAAGAGGAUAAUAUCAAAGUACAAACUGAUGUGGUGUCCCCUAGGAGAGCUCCUACACCGGGGCACAAGCAAAUUAGAAAAAAGCAAGUGGAGAGCCUAAAAUCAGAAACGGCAGAGGAGAUUCAGGAAGGUACGAUCGGUUCAUACUCCUACAGAGAGCGGACAGAAAAUGGAGCCAUGACAGAGCAGUACUGCAUGGUCAAACAGAGUAGCAGUAUACCAGUGCCCAAACCUAGAAAACUUGGGUCUGUCGAUGCCAAAAAUAUAAACGGAAAUGUGUCCAAAUUUAAAUCAGCAGGGAUGGCUGAAAUCCUACAGAUUGAAUCCAGCGGAGAGGAGGUCACUGAAACUGUCUUACACGUAUAUGAACAGCAGACCUACCUUUGUUCACAGGGUGUGUCUGCUUCUGAGAUGCAUUUUUGCAGGCCAGCUACUUCAGAAACUGGACAUCUCUCCUCCAAUAAUGAGUUUGAACCCCAGCUCUGGAGACCAUCGACAGCUUCUGAGUCAAUUAGCACCUGGAGAACUGAGAGCAUGUCAGUAACAUCUGAUUUCACCUUGCCUUCACUGAAGACUGGUGCAAUUCAAGCAACAACUGCUCAACAACAAUUCCCAAAGCCCACUAAAGGCAAAGACAAGCCCCAACAAAGAGAAGUCAAUAAAGAUAAGAGGCUUUCCCCAAAACCCAAAGCAAUCAACAAACGUGUUCAUCGACUUAUGUCACCAGGGAAAAGACAAAAAGAAAGUUCUGCAGGAGCAACCAAGAAAAGUAAGAAAGUGAAAACUUUCUCCAGUGCUGGGUUCAUUAAGAAAAUUUAUGGGAAAAAAUCAAAAUCAGCAAAAAGAGAGAUGAAGCUUAAAAAGUUACCAACACAAAACGACAGGGGUGUUACAAUAAAGAGCUCACAGCAGUCUAAAGACACAAUACAAUGUAUUCUCAAAGACCCAAACAUACCAUCAGCAUUGAAAGAAACUAUGAGUGAGACAGUUCCUUUUGAAAAGAUCUGCCUGAAUGUUACUCCAAAUGAUGUAAGCCAACCACGGGGAAUACUGAUACGGCAGACAUCAAUGCAUCAGGAGAUAAAGAACGACAAAGAGUGCUGUGAGAUCAGCAAAAGCAUGCCACUGCCUGCUUUUAACUCCUCUAGCUUUGUUACCAAUGAAUAUGUGGAAAACUGGCUGGAGAAAGCCCACCUUAACCCCACAGCCUACCCAGAUGAGGAAAGUAAAAAAUUAGAAGCAGUCGCUCUUGUACAAACAGAAAGUGGCAGCAGGUGUGGGGAGUCUGAAAAUAAGAAUGACUUUAUAAUUGUGGCACGGGAGGUAAAGUGUUUAGAGUACACAGAAUCAGUAUCAGAAAUACAAUCUCUAAAAACUGACCUACUGCCUGAGAAUGAGCUAGGAGCAUCUGUCAAACAAAAAAUCCAGUCCUUUGAAAACAAAUCUACAAGUCCAUCAAUGGAGAAAACCCCCGUCAAUCAGCAAAUCGCCCAUAAUCAAACAAACACAGAAAACUACAGUAGUUUAGCUCAGAAUAAUAUGGAAGAAAUAAAGCCUCUCUUGACUCAUAACUGUUCUGAAACAAUUCCACCAGCUAAUGAGAUGGCAACAGAAAUGCCAUCAGGCAGUGAAGUUGAAAAUAAAUCUAAUCCGAUUAAAAUGUCAUUUCAAGAAGCAACACCUUCCAAUACACUUUCAAUGGAUCUACCACCACCACCGCCAUCACCACCACCACCUGCUGAAAAUACAGAGCUGUCAAACACUCAAUGGAUGGAUGCAUUCUCAGUGGCCAGCAGCCCAUUAUACAGGCUCUCAUCUGUUAGCAGUCAAACAUCAGAUAAUAAUCCAUUAUCCAUCAGCCCUACAUCUGACAAGGCCAUAUCACCUACCGACCACAGAAUGGAAUUGACAACAUCAAUUCAGACUGACAUUCCUUCCACGCAGAGGGAAGCAACAUUACCAAGAGCUCCAUCCAUUAAAAGGGCCCCUUUGGUCAGUAAUAUAUCGUUUGACAGGAAAAUGUCUCUCAGAAAGGCUUGCCUGGAUAAAUAUACUUUAUGUAGUGAUGCCACUUCAGAGACAAGCACAUCAUCUACUCCCGUCAACAUAGUGGGUGAUAAUGUGCUGCCAAACGGCAUCUGUUCAACAGGGACACAAUGGCCGAGUGAAAUCCCACCAGAAGAGACUCAGCAAUCAAACGGCAUCUUCAAUUUGAAAAGUAGUCCGUCAUGUUGUACUUCUGCUACUAGUUUAACAACUGAAGAGAGAAUACCACCAGUCAGUAUUUCAUCAAGCGAGGCUCCAACACCAAGUGAUCUUUCUUUUAGAGAGACAGAAAUGGAUAUAACACCAUUUUUAACUCAAAAAGAAGAAUCUCCUAAACUCUUGGUGAAAAAAUGUAUGAGCAGUCCAUCCCCAGAGAGAAAAUCCCAAACCAAGAAAUUCUCUUCGGAACUUUCUCACAACUCUCCAAAGUUAUCAUCAUUGCAUAAACUCCUACCGGAUAAAACUAAGUCACCAAAUAUUGGAAACCGAAGAGAUGCAACACCAAAUGCUAGCCCUUCCGCUGAAAGAAAGCUUUAUAAAUCUAAAUUACGAAAGAGACGGUCUCCAUAUUCUCAGUCUCUGGACAUGGGGUCACCACCUGUCAGACACCGGUCAAGUGGAAAGUUGCUCUCCAGAAAUCUCUCCUCAGACAAUGCAUCAGAGCCCACAAAUAAGAAAACAUCAUCCCAAAGAAAGCAUCACCAAACACCACAGUCAAUAAAAUCAACAGCUGAACUGGACAAAACACUAAAUUGUAACACUCAAAUGCCAUUGAAAGCUAAUCAGAGUGUUGACAAUAAAGUGACAGAUGACCUUAUACCAGCAGAUCAAGAUAAAUCCAUAACACAAAUAAUGCCACAGCCUUUCAACAUCGCAAAUCAGCCAAAUAUGAAACCUGUGCUUGAGAAAAUUUGCUACUCAAUAAAGUCAAUUAGACAAAUCACACAGAACAAACGGCCAUCAUGUCUGGAAAAGUCCAACAGCCUGCCUGACUUCUCCUCUCAUGUGGCCUCUACGUUUGGCUCAUCAACUACAGCUCUUCUUGCUUUCUUGUCUGUCAUGACCCUAAAGGAAGGCCUAACUAACCUAAAUAUGGAUGAGCUGAAUGCAAACAAUGUCAGCUGUGCCGAGGCUUUAAAAAUGAUUGAUUCUCUCAGAGAAAUUGCCAGCAUUGAGGAUUCCCACGAGUUAAGAGUUAGUUUGUCCAGUUUACAGCAGUCAGCUUCGAAGCAGCUCCUGCAAAGUUGGAAGGGCUUUCAGGAUCUCAGCAACAAAUGCAAGAGUCGCGGCUCAACACCAAAUAAUCCAAAGCAAGAAUGUGUGACCGAGGCCAGUCCUGAAAAGGACUGUGACAUUGAUGAAAAUGUCAUUGAUGAGAUUGUGGAUCAUCUUUACAUACCUGAGAAGCUCAAGGAGGAAUUGACCUCUCUUUCAAUGGGUGUCAAAAGUGACAGUGAUGACGAAGAAAAGCUUGAAAAAGUGAAACCAAAAGAUAACAGUAAUAUAUCCGAUUUCUCCACAAAAGAUGCUGCUAAUGUCAGGGAUGUUACUCAAGAUGAGAAAGCUAAUGUUGAUGUGAGCUCCAUCAUUAAAAAAUUCACAGACAUUAACCAGCCAAAACAACCCAGCAUGGGUAGUAUAACUAAAGACAGCCUAUACGGGCAGAAUGGUGUGGCCAAAUGUCCACCAGCUGAACCUAUUGAUAAACCGAUACCUGAAGCAAGGCAGCUUUACAGCUCAGUGAUUUUUGCAAAAGAUAAUGAGCAGCAAGGCCACAAUGAAGAGCAAGAAAAGGCUAAAAUGAAUGGAGUACUAAGCAGCAAGAACCGUUUUGAACAAGACAGCCGUAUCUCUGAGGUAGAGGACAUGGGAGGUAAUCAGCUGCGGAUGCACAGUGAAGAGAGUAUGCCUGAGAACGAGCUUACCCAUGAUGACGAGUCAGAUGAUAAGGGGCAGAACAUGUUAAGUGCCAUUAAAGAUUUAGAGCCAAAUGUGAUCUGUAAGCAAAGUGUAUCCAGCUCAGAAGCAGGUGAGCAACAUAGUUCAGAAGAGGAAUCAGACGUUAAAUGUGAGGAGAUACAACAGGAGAGCAAGGCUAGUGACAACUUGUCCAACUAUGAAAGUCACUCUGAGGAGGAAGGGGAGAAGCAACCAAGCUCAGAUUACUAUGUAGAAGGGAAUGUAAGAGGUAAGGAAAGAAUAUCAAACCCAGAUAGUCAAAACAAGAUGUCAGAGGUUGAAUGUCAAGCAGGCUCUAUAGUACCGAAUGUGAGUGUUGAUGAAAGCACAAGUAACUCAGAUGUAGAGGAGCCAUCUUCGGAGGAAGAGCAGCCUGAGGUUGAAUGUCAAGCAGGCUCUAUAGUACCGAAUGUCAGUGUUGAUGAAAGCACAUGUAACUUAAAUGUGGAUGAGCCAUCUUCAGAGGAAGAGCAGCCUGAGAUUAAAUGUCAAGCAGGCUCUAUAGUACCGAAUGUCAGUGUUGAUGAAAGCACAUGUAACUUAAAUGUGGAUGAGCCAUCUUCAGAGGAAGAGCAGCCUGAGGUUGAAUGUCAAGCAGGCUCUAUAGGACCGAAUGUUGGUAAUGAUGAAAGCACAUGUAACUCAGAUGUGGAUGAGCCAUCCUCAGGGGAUAAGCAGCCUGAGGUUGAAUGUAAAGAGCUACAGGUUUUUACUGAGGUAAGUUUGUCUGGCAAUGAGGUAAAGGAGGAAGAACACCCUGAUGAUCUUUUGGAUCACAGGGAACAAACAAAUAAAUGUAAAGAGUUUAUGUAUUUGAUAGAAGAGACAGAGGAAAACAAGGUCAGCUUAGAUAAUGAGGACUUAAAUCAGGAUUUAUAUACGAAAAAAGACAAUAGCAGUUUGAUAAAGUCUGACAGUUUAACAAAGAGUUAUGGAUUUAAUGUAGAUGAGGAUAGUGGGAAUGAGCACAGCAGCUGUGAAGAACAUGUAGAGGUAGAGCAACCAAAGGUCGAAGAUGAACAGACCAACAGCUCGCAUGAAGAAGAAUUAAGCUACGGUAAAAAAGAGUCCAGCUCAGUAGAGGAAUAUGUCAAUAUGGACAGAUAUACAGAAAAGAGCUUAACAGAAGACCAGGAAGCUCCUGCAUUGGCAAGACAGUCAAAAAAUACAAAACGUGAAAAGGCCGUAGAAAAACUCAAGCAUCGAUCUGACGCAAUAAUAUCCCAAUCUGUCGCAGAGAGAGUAAUUCUUCUGGAAAAACAGGUUGCCAAUGCCCAAAAGACAACAGAAAGUUCUGCCACAAGACGUUGCUCACAAAAAAAUGCCCCUCUUGAGUCGGACAUUGAGUAUUCACCCUCUGAAUCGCCCCCAUCUCAGUCGGCUCCCUGCACCCGAUCAGCUCCUCAGUCGUCAUUAUCUUUUAGCUACGAUUCCUGUGGCGUUAUAACAACAGAGCCUGAAAGCAACAGGGUCAGAUCCAUCAGGCAAAUGUUCCUGGCAAAGAGUGCCACAGAUAUCCCACACAGACCUGGACGUUUCCCAAGCCAGAAGACAUCGGAGCAGUCCGAGUUACGAGCAGAGACCUCAGCUAGUGGCGGGUAUCAGUCUCUGACUUCAAGUGAGCUGUCUAGCAGCGAAGAUGAUUCAGCACGGAAAUCGAUCACUAAAGGCUUUGUGAGAAGAACAAUUGAAAGGCUUUAUGGCAAGAAAGAAGCUAAACCUGAUGAAGAAGCAAGUGAAAGGCCGCCAUCUGCGCCAAAACAGAAAAAGAAAGAACAUUCAAGCAUUUUCUCUCACUUCCAUACAGCCCAGUCCAAAGCAAUGUCUGAGCUGACUUACUUCAAUUCCUCUAAUGCACUAGACACCUUAAGUGAAGCAACACAUGUUGCUUUUAAUGUACAAGUCAGGCCUGAAGAAAGUGUCCCUAUUAAUAACAAACAAUGGCUCCUUAGAGAAAACACACUGAUCAGAAAGUCUGUUUCAGACCCGGUUGGAAUAAACAAAAACUCAAACUCUCCUCAAGGCGAAGGAACGUGUGAGGAUACAGAAGAGAACACAUAUUCCCUUUUCAGCACAAAGUCUGAACUGGAAGACAAGAAGUCGUCUUUUUCAAAGAAGUGCACCUACUUUUCUUUGCCCCAUUCUAGUGACUCAUAUGCAUGCCAGGAUGACCUGAGCACCGUUAGCAAGAGCAGCGCGAAUUAUGACAGUAUCAUAGAUACAAAGGACAAUUCAGAGGACACUAAAAUGUGGGCAGAGAGGAACAGCACACUGCCCCGUGUCGGUGUUACGGACUUUAAGAUGAUGGAUAACAAAGUGCACCCACUGAUAGAGCCUCCACCUGAUUCUGAGGUGGUAGUCGUGCAGCCUGGGAAAGGCCAGGGUGUUGUGCGCAGGAUCCCGGAGCCUGAUGUGUUGGACAUACUUUACAAUUUUUGUGGUCAGAAUUGUCCCAUCCUGUAAGGACAUUUUAUCUUUUUUAAAUACAACCACAAAACCGACACUAAGGACUUUUCAGUCUACAUACGUGUACAUUGUUGGGCUUCAGCAUAAUAUAUUGUCUUUGGUGCCUACAUUUUGAUGUUGCCAUAGCCUUGGCAUAAUACACUAUCAGGUCAACUCAUUUGAGCCAAAUGCCGAAUGUGUUACAAGCCAAUGGAUUCAUGUUUAUUCAGCCUUCAUACUUUAACAUGUAUGUUAAGAGCUUGUGAUCAAUUUGUCAGUUUAGCCAUGUUUAAUGUAGAAGUGAAUUUUUUUUCUCUCCUAACAUUGUGAUUGUGUACUUGCCAUGCACACUCCAGAGCAGCUCUUUUCUUUUUAUAGGUUGCCUGUCAACAGAUCAAGUACCCGGAGCAUUACUGUAAUCUUGUUUUAAAACUCUUAAAACAGAUCCCACAUCCCUGCAGAUGUCAUGCAACAAGGCCAAUCCCCACUGCACUGAAUAAACGGAUCAGUUUGUGGUCGCAUCUCAGGUCUGGGAUAACGUUCAGGUGUGCAAAUGGUAGAAAUUGUCAGUAAAUACUCAGUCCGAUGCUUGAUUUAAUGUCGUAUUGGUUGUCUAAAGUGUAAAUAAGACGUCAUUGAUUUUCACUAAGUAACCACAGCUUAAUGCAGAUCUACUAUAACUUGACCUUUAUAAUUAGGAUAGGUGGUUUUACGGUUUCAAUGUGGCAGCUGUGACAAUUUUAUGUCUUUAAAUUGACGUGUAAGAAUAAAAGUGUGUAUUUUCAAA